CACGCGCCGGUUCGUCGCGCUCACCGCCGCGCUCAUGGCGGGGCUCUACGCGCUCGCCAUCGCCAUCCCCAGCAUCUGGACGCUCUUCCAGUACACGGGCUCCACGUUCGCGGUCUGCAUCUCGCUCAUCUUCCCCGGCGCCAUCGUUCUCAGGGAUGUUCACGGAAUAGCCAAGAGGAAGGACAAGGCAAUGGCGGCAACGAUGAUCAUUCUGGCAGUGAUCACGAGCAGCAUCGCCAUUGCCUCCAAUAUUAUGAGCUCCAUCGGUGGUGAUGCAAAAGUAGCUAGCUACCAUGUACUGUAGAGUUUUAGGCAGAUACAAAUUCUUUGUAUGUAUGUACGUAGUUUUUGUACUACGACGGGCACUGCCGCCCCUGCAAGUGUGUAACUUCCUCUGCUUCAGGUUUCGAUGGCAGUGUAGCAAGUUGU